CUCUGUGGGUACCUCACUGAAUACGAAGAACAGCAGUGUGCAAUACCUCGGCUGACAUGUCAGCAACAUACGGGCGCCGCGACCGGCAAGUCAGCGGACUGCGGUGGCGGCGCCGGCUGACAUGCGAGCGCGCCAGCCUGCGCCGGGCGACGUGUCGGCGGUUGUUGCAGCCGCCCAUCACCUUGCCGCGUGCCUGCCUGUUCGAGGUGGAGUGGGACGGCGACGGCGACGGCGACGCCACCGACCACAGCACGACGUCGUCGCCGGGCGGCGAGGCGUCGGCGUCCGCCUCGGCGUCGGGGUCGCGCCGCUGCCCGUCCGAGGACGACGCCCUGUCCGACGAGUUGUCGCUGGCCGACUCGGAGGACGCGUCCGAGGAGGCGGCGGUGGGCGGUGCCGGGCUGGCCGCGCUCGGGGGCGGCGUGGGCGGCUGCGGGCCGGCGCGCGGCGGCGGCGGCGGCGUCGCCGUGCGCAAGAUGUUCACCAACAGCCGCGAGCGCUGGCGCCAGCAGAACGUCAGCGGCGCCUUCGCGGAGCUGCGCAAGCUCGUGCCCACGCACCCGCCCGACAAGAAGCUCUCCAAGAACGAGAUCCUCCGCAUGGCCAUUCGGUAUAUCAGAUUGCUGACUAACGUCCUCGACUGGCAGAAACAGCAACAGCUGCAACAACAACAGCAGCAGCCCCAAAAGUUCUUCCACAACAACAGCAGCAACGGGCUGCAACACCACAUGCACAACGGCGGGAGGCAUCGCGACGUGGGGGUGCAGCCGCUGGUGAAGAGGGAAGUGGGGACCGCAGCGAGUGUCCUCAAGAGGGAGCAUAACCACGGCCACGGCACCAACGGGCUGCUCGUUCUCACCACGCCCGCCAUCAAGGUCGAGAGGGACGAGGACGACGAGGAUGACAACAGACACACAACACUUGUGAAUGAGAGUCAGCUAAGGAAGGUGCCAACUUGUUGGCAUCAUCACAGCCUUGGAUUGUCACUUGGAAAACCACCUCCUUCGCAUUCAUCAUCCUCUAGUGGAAACAAGUGACUAUAAAUGUGAUCUUGUUUAUCUGUGUUCUGACUCAGGGGAAUAAGUCAGCUGCCACCAUUUCAUUACCCUGGUGUCUUUCUACUGAGUUAACACAAGAGACUGAAAAAGUUAACUGUGAUUUAAAGUCAAAUGUUGUAGCUUUACAUUAGUGUUUAAUACAAUUUCUUGUGUAUAGUUUCACAUAAAUUACAUUGUAAAAUGAAUGACAGUGCAUAUAUAUGUUUAUUGUGAUAUGUGUUUUCCAAACAUAGAAGAAAAUCUGUUUUAAAUGCAGUAUCUAACUUAUGAGAAUCAAAUGAACCCAGUCACAGAUAUUUCAUACCUUCAUUUUUUGGUAGAUAUUUCAAACAGUAUGGAGAAGGAUCAACACUGUCUCACAACAACUGCGAACAAAACACAAGAAAAAUCAAAUAGUUACACUGUUAAAUUCUUUAGAAAAGUUUCCUCCAGCACAGA